AAAUGGCACCUAAGGCUGUUAUUCUCUCUCUACAGUCUCUAUUUCUCUCCGCCCAUGGCGAUAUGAGAGGAAGGACGAGAUUUAGAGAGAGAAGACUUACUGAACAAGAAUCGUUGAAGAAGAGGCCGACGAAAACCCUAACCCUAAUUCUCACUCCCACUUCAUCUUCUACCCUCGGUCGCUGCAAGGAUGGAAGCCAUUGGAGUGCUGAUGAUGUGCCCGAUGUCAACAUACUUCGAGCAAGAGCUCGACAAGCGAUUCAAUCUCUUCCGAUUCUGGAAUUUCCCUCAGAAGGAGGAGUUCUUGAAACAGCAUUCGAGUUCGAUUCGCGCGAUUGUGAGUAAUGCCUGGGCCGGUGCCCGUCCUGAGUUGAUUGAUGCGCUGCCGAGUCUGGAGAUCGUGGCGAAUCACGGUGUGGGGGUGGAUCAGAUUGACUUGGGAAAGUGUAAGGAGAAGGGGAUUAGGGUUACGAACACGCCGGACGUGUUGACGGAGGAUGUUGCUGACCUGGCCAUUGGAUUGAUUUUGGCUACGAUGAGGCGGAUUUCCGAGUGUGAUCGGUAUGUCAGGAGUGGGUUAUGGAAGAAGGGGGACUUCAAGUUGACUGCAAAGUUUAGUGGCAAAACUGUAGGCAUUAUUGGACUCGGCAGAAUUGGCACAGCAAUUGCUAAGAGAGCCGAAGCAUUUGGCUGUCCAAUCAGUUACCACUCCAGAUCGAAAAAACCAGAUUCAAAUUAUGAGUACUAUCCAAAUGUCGUUGAUUUGGCCUCCAACUGUCAUAUCCUGGUUGUUGCAUGCUCUCUGAACGAUGAUACUCGUCAUAUAAUCAACCAUGAAGUCAUUGAUGCAUUGGGUCCAAAGGGUGUCAUCAUCAACAUCGGGAGAGGCGCUCAUAUUGAUGAACUUGAGCUGGUAUCUGCUCUGGUUGAAGGCCAGUUGGGUGGAGCUGGACUUGACGUGUUUGAACAUGAGCCUGAAGUACCUGAGCAGCUAUUAGGGAUUGAUAAUGUGGUCCUCUUGUCUCAUGUAGGAACCGGCACGGUGGAAACCCGCGAGGCCAUCGCUGACCUUGUCAUUGGGAAUUUGGAAGCUCACUUCCUGAAGAAACCACUGUUAACACCAGUGGUUUAAUACUGUUGUAUUGCAUGAAUGUAUGAAUGGUUGGAGGCUUCAUCUUGCUUUUGCCAUUCCUAUGUUCUCCCAAUUGUAGAGAUCAUUGUUUCCAGGACGUUGACAAAUAUGUACUGGUAAAAAGAAAAACAUCUUAUGAUCCUCGUGUAUUUCUCUUUCAAGACAUCUAUUCGUAGCAUCUUUAACCAAGUCUUGGUGCUAGCUGCAGUUAUAAAUGAGUUUGAUACUUCAAUAAGCA